UAAAAUACCCGCAAAAUAUUUUAACCAUCUAAAAUUCCUGAAAUUUUACUUAGGUGAUUUUGGUUAAUUGCAUGUAUUACAGGAAAAAAGACUUUAGAGUGACAAUUAAGUUUGAAGCAGUUGCUAGUAUGAUUCAAUUGCGUGAUUUUCUUUCUGGAAAACCAGUCAAUACAGCUCAAGAAGCAAUUACUGUUAUUGACAUUGUUCUCAGAGAAUUUUGCAGCUCAAAGAUAUGUCUCAAUUGGAUUGGAAGGACAUUUUAUUCCCCUGAUAUCAGGAAACCGCAGCGGCUCAAAGAAGGAUUAGAAUCAUGGAGAGGGUUCUACCAAAGUAUAAGACCAACUCAGAUGGUAUUAUCAUUAAAUAUUGGUACAGAAAUACCUUAGAGGUGUCAAAGUUGAAGUAACCCAUAGAGGAAAUGUCCGAAGAAAGUAUCGAAAUUCAGGGUUGACAACACAGC